AGAUCCGUGAGGCCUUCAAAGUCUUUGACCGAGAUGGCAACGGCUUCAUCUCCAAGCAAGAACUCGGCACUGCCAUGAGGUCUCUCGGCUACAUGCCCAAUGAAGUGGAGUUGGAAGUCAUCAUCCAGAGGUUGGAUAUGGAUGUGCGACAUGCAGAAGCUGACGGUGGACGAGCUGAAACGGCUGCUGUACGACACUUUCUGCGAGCACCUCUCCAUGAAGGACAUCGAAAACAUCAUCAUGACGGAGGAGGAAAGCCACAUGGGAAACGCGGAGGAGUGUCCAGUCGACGUGGAAACCUGCUCAAACCAACAGAUCAGGCAGACAUGCGUCCGGAAGAGCCUCAUCUGCGCCUUCGCCAUCGCGUUCAUCAUCAGCGUCAUGCUUAUCGCCGCCAACCAGGUUCUGAGAAGCGGGAUGAAGUAGUUUCUGGGGAAGGAAACCCACGCCUGGGGUUCACGGACCGUUGGACUUCCCUGAAGAACCCAAGGGAGAAAAUGAUAAGACCACCUAUAAAUUCUCUUUGAGCCGCCAGGAGCCGUGGCUGGGAAGGGGAACUGUCCUUUCCUCCAUGGCAAAAUUGUGUGUGUACCACACAUUGACGCAAAGUCACCUUCUUCCCUUCCGCCUCUCUCGGGGGGCUUUCCCUCCACCCCCACCCCCAACUGGGGAGGCAGCUAUCUUCUGAAGAGAUAGCAUGGUUUCCCCCAGGCAGGGUCCCCCGCUCGGCCAAACCGAGGGCCCUUCUCGGGGGCGCGCAUGGUGAACUUUUUUCCCCCCCGACAACAACAUUGAAAGCAUGUUAAUGUGCAUGGAGACCGUUUUUCCAGCACUCCCUCCCUGAUCUGAGUUAAUGCAAUACCUUGUGCUUUUAUAACCCGAUAGUAGGAUCCUACGAAAUAUAUAAAAUAUUCUCUCUAUAUAAAUAUAGCAUAUAUAUAUAGAUAUAUAUAUAUUUAUGAUAAACCGAAUAAUCAGUUAAGCAAUAUAUACAACACGCGUCAGGAUUUUCUAUCCAAGAUUCAGGCAUUUGCAUGACCAUCAACACAACAAGGGCUGGACUGCAAAUCGAAAUCGGUUUGUAGCCUCCUCCUCCUCCUCCCUCCUCUCGGGAGGCUUUUCCCUCCCCCCA